AAAUAUUCUUUUAAUUAUUAUUUAAAUUUAAUAACACCAAAAUUAACAAUUUUACUCUUACAAAGUAUUAUCUAAAUUACCAAGAGACAAUCAAAUGCGGCGGCGGCCGGCGACAGGAUUAUCUCGCCGGUGAAUCGGUCUGAUUGUCGUCGGAAUUCUGAGUUGUCGAGAAGAAAACAAAAGGAAGAAAAGAAGGGGAAAUAUUCUCUCUCGUGUGGUGAGCAAUAGCUUGCAAUGCCGGGAAAACGAUGCUGAGAUCCCUUGCUCUCAUAGUUUUUUUGGAAAGGAUACGGCCAUUAAGUCCUGGGCAGAACCACAAGUGGAAGCAUUUGAAAUUUUCAUUUCUAUUUUGAGUCUUUUAUUUAUUUAUUUAAUCUUUUCUGGUGAAGAAGCUCCCUGAUGCGUUUGGGAUCAUGGAUCAAUGGGUUGUAUCUUCAUCUUUUUCUUGAAGAUGCCAGGUUACCAGCUGAGAUGCAAAUUGAAUUUUGGAAGCCAAAUAUCAUGCUUGAUAACUCAGACAAGAUAGUUGCUUUAUCACCAUUGGAACCACUGUCAAAUCUGGCCAGAGACCAAGAAGGGAAGCUAGGCAUGGGGGGAAUUUCUAGAGUAGUAAUUUCCAGUUUGUCUGAGAGUUCAUGGCAUUCAGUGGAUUACCAUCCAAAAUCUUGGUUUGACUUGUAUAUGCUAACAGCAGCAAAUAAUAUGAAUGGAAACAGGACCAAUACCAAUUUGAUCCAUACAAAAGCAGUCUGUUCUCUAGCUCAUUGUCGGAAAUAUUUAGUAGGAAGCGUAAGAUAUCCUCUUUAUGCAUUUUGAGCUUGUAUGUGCUUGACAUGUUUGCUCAGUUCCUCUCAGAUUUCCUAAAAGAAGAUACUUUAUUAGACUUAAUGCUUGAUGGUUUGACAGAUAACCCUUUUAAUUUGCCAAUGUAGUUCUCCAAACAUUAACGGCAAACAUAAGUGUAGAAGUACAGUGAUUUUUUUCAUUUGUUAUUAUGUGUCUCUCUGUGUCCCAGGCAUUUCCUUUUAAACAUUAAUGUCGGAAAAUCAAGCAUUUUGUGUAAAGAAAUCAAAUAUAGUUUUAAAAAUCAUAUGAUUUGCUUAAUUUCCUGUCUGAUUUAUGCUUUUCUUAUCUUUAUGUCGUGCAAUUAUUGAGGAAUGAUGCUCCAACUCAUCUACCUAGCUUUAAAGUUUCUUGAGGCCAUGAGGAAGAAACUUUAGAAUCCCUUGAAGAAAUUGAGGCACAUACCAUUGGAAAUCUCCAUCCUGAUGAAGAUGAUCAUUUUUCUGGAGUAAUGGGACUUGAUACUCCUGCCAAUAGGGGUGAUGAAUUAGAGGAUUUUGACCCAUUUAGUAGUGGUGGGGCAUGGAAUUGGAAGGUGAUGAUCGUUUAGGUGUGGGUCAAGGAAACUCAGAUAUUGUAGGAGCAUCUAAUGGUUCAAUUGUUGGUGGAGACCGUUGUGGUGAACAUCUUUCUAGAACGCUUUUUGUAAGAAACAUUAACAGUAAUGUUGAAGAUUUUGAACUCAAGGCACUUUUUGAGGUUUGUAUUCCUUCAUUUUUUUACAAUAUUUGUUGGAAUCUCUAUCUCCUCUUAUUCCCUGUAGGAACAUUUUUAAUCAAAUUGGAUUGAUGGUUGUUUCCUGUUGGCAAUAUGGAGAUAUCCGUACUCUCUAUACAGCCCGCAAACAUCAUAGUUUUGCGAUGAUUUCUUUUUAUGAUAUAAGGGCAGCCCAAAAUGCACAGAGAGCUCUCCAAACUAAGCCAUUGAGGCAUAGGAAACUAGAUAUACAUUAUUCUAUUCCAAAGGUUGU